AUGAAUUACACAUUCACUAGUAUUUUUCCACCAAUCACAACAAGUAUCAUAGCAUUAUUAGCAACUGCUGUAUCGACUGCUACACUCGGUGGUAAUAUUGUUGUAUUGAUAGCAUUUUUUGUUGAACGUUCUCUACGUGUACCAAGUAAUUAUUUUAUUGCUUCAUUAGCUAUGACUGAUGUAUUGAUUGGUUUAUUUUCGAUGAAUUUAUUCAUUACUUAUCAAUUACUUGGUUAUUGGCCAUUAGGACAUUUAAUUUGUGAUUUAUGGUUAUCAUUAGAUUUUUCAGCUUGUUUAACAAGUCAAUAUACAGUGUUUUUGAUUACAUUAGAUCGAUUUUGUUUAGUGAAAAUACCAGCCAAAUAUCGAAAUUGGAGAACAUUGAAUAAGAAUGUAGAUUUGGUUGAAAAACAAAAAGAACUUGAUAUUGUUAAUCUUAGAUGA